AUGCCAGUAUUUUGCAAGGACCACACGCCCUGGAUAAAAUAUCAAAAGUUCAAAGAGGGAGCGAAGCCGGGGAAAACCUGCCUAGCCUACGUCACCGAUUCCCCGGGAAGGGUAGUUGCAAUUAAGGAGUAUAAGACGAGCGGUAUCGACAAGACUUGCCAUCUGAAGAUGAUCAGUCACCCAAAUAUCGUGAAUCUCCUUGAUGCAUUCGAACAGUCUAGAACUCUGUAUCUAGCGUACGAGGUUAUGGAUCUCUCAUUGGAGCAACUUCAGUCUGGCAUUCAACUAAAGGAGUCUGAUCUUGCUUUCAUUUGCAAGGAGCUCUUGCAUGGGCUUUGGUAUAUUCACCGAGAUCUCGGUGUUUGCCAUACAGCCCUUACUUAUGACAAUGUGUUCAUAUCAUCACAGGGUAGCGUGAAGAUUGCGAAUAUAGCAGCCUGUCUGCUUGAACGACAUCAAGGGUCCGAACAGUUCGAUAUCAAGUCUAUUGGUAUUAUGAUUUGCAAAGUCCUCGAUCCAGGGCUCUCUGCUCAUGACCUUCAGGCUUCUUAUGCCAGUCUCUCCCAUGGUAGCGAUAGUCUACGUGCGUUUAUUUCUUCAACUGCGACAGCCACAAUACAAGCACUUUUGCAGCAUGUCUUCAUAUCAUAUGCAGCUGCUGAAGGAUGCUUGGUUGUACCUGUUAUGAAGGUCCGAGGGUUGGUUCUACAUGAUUACGAAUAG